UUGGUGCGUAGAGAGGGUGAGGAGAUAGAAAGCUUGGUGUCAGUGCCUACCUUCACUACUGAGGUGCACGUCCCUUUGGACGCUGGUCAGCUGGGAAUUCACUUCAACAAGUAGUUCUGCAGUAGCUUCUGGUGAACAUGAACGUACUCCAAGUCCUAGGUCUCUUACAGCUGCUGGCUGGACCUGCUUUCACUCUGACACGGCCAACGCAUGACUACUGGGGAGAGUUUGGAGCCUUUGGUCCCUGCAGUCGCACCUGUGGAACAGGAGUGGCAAUGAGAACCAGGAAAUGUAUCACUUCAAGGACAGAUGGAGGACAUAACUGCAUAGGAUCAUCUAAGUCCUUCCGAACUUGUAAUACACAUGAAUGUCCAGUUGGAUCCAGGGACUUCAGGGAGGAGCAGUGCUCCCAGUUUGACAGAAUGGACUUUCAGAGCAAACACCACUCAUGGGUUCCUUAUUAUGGGGCAUCCAAUCCAUGCGAGCUGAACUGUGUCCCAAGAGGAGAGAACUUCUUCUACCGUCACAGACCUGCAGUUGUGGAUGGGACACCAUGCUAUGUGGGCCGCACUGAUAUCUGUGUGGAUGGCACCUGCAGGAUACUGAUCCAUGGAGAGUUUAUGGGCCUGGAUGACGACACUAAUUCUGUGCACUCUGCUGGUCCUGUUGCUGUUGCUCCUCACCCAAGGGAGACACUCACCUACAUCUACAAAACUGGUGUCUACGGCGAGUGCUCUGCAGCCUGCAAUGGAGGCAUGCAGUAUCGCAGCGUGGAGUGUUUGACUCAGGACCCAGUGAACCCCCGUGUGGUGGAAGAGACUUACUGCAUUACCCAGCGCCUGCAGAGGCCACAGAGCCAGCAGGCCUGCAACAUGCAUCCCUGUACUGCUGAGUACAGUGUCUCCAGCUUCAGUGUGUGCUCUGUGACUUGUGGCGAAGGCCAGCAGACGAGGGAGGUGUUCUGUGUGGGGUCAGGAGGUGACCGUCUGCCUGACCAUGCCUGCAGUGGACUUGCGAGACCUGCUUCUGUCCAGACCUGCCGCAGACCUGCCUGUCACACACACAUCACCUGGCACGUGACUGACUACGGGCUGUGCACUAGAAGCUGUGGUGGUGGUGUGAGGGAGAGGAGAGUGGGCUGCUUUGAUACAGAUUUGAACCCCUACCCAGAGGCUCGAUGUGGAACAGCUAGCAGACCCAUCUCUGUGGAGACAUGCAAUUCACAGGCAUGCCCCGGAUCACAAAGUGUCCCCAGUGUGCAGGACCCAAGGACACAAGAAACCGCCAUGAGAGGAUUUGUGCCCCAUGUUCCAGGAGAAUCUUCAGCUUCCAGACCACAAAUAAACAUUGCUCAUGAGCCCUACCCUGCUGUGAUUGGUCCUCACUGUGCGCAGUCAUUGUAUGGCUGCUGUCCUGAUGGCUAUACCACUGCCACGGGGUCCAGGAAUGAGGGUUGCUCCCAUGAUGACUGUGUCCGCACCAGGUACGGCUGUUGCUUGGAUGGGGUGACUCCAGCUCAAGGAUUUGGAAGGGCUGGAUGUCCUGAGUACCAGGCAACUGUGGUGACUGUGCACACACCAUCUCCUGUCUCUCCAUCCACUGGUAGCGUGUGCUUCUUGCCUCGGGAUGAGGGCCCCUGUGAUACUUGGAAGGUCCGCUUCUUCUAUGACUCAGGUGCUCGCAAAUGUACAGAGUUUUGGUAUGGAAGUUGCCAGGGCAAUGGAAAUAACUUCAUGUCCCUGGAAGCAUGCCAGAGAGAGUGUGGGGGUGUGUUGAGGGAGCCCCCACCUGCACCUCGCAGAGAGACCCCAAGGAGAGUGUCACUCAGGGGGACUCUGAGGGCAAGGGCAUAAAUGUGCUUGCCACUAAUACCUCCAAAUCAUGGAAUAACCAGAGUGCUGCCUCUAUGAAGUUAAUCACAUGAUAUUCAUACACAUAUAGUAUUUACAUACAAAGGUGUAUUGUAAAAUGUCCCACAUCCUACCUUUCAUUUUAAAUAUCAGACUUUAAAUUAUAAAUGAUCUAGAUUGCUUCACAUUAUAACUGACAUGAUCCCACCUCAUGGUUCUGAUUUUAUUAUCUGUUUGAUCUUUGGCAUUUUGUUUGUGAUGCUCAGUAUAGUUUAUUUGUGCCAUUCUUCUAUCAGAUCAGGACUAUAAAAUAAAAUAAAAUGUCAUUGUGAGUAAAGCAACCCAAUAAAUGUUCAGCUAUCCGGUAACCUUGAAAAAAA